AUGAAGUUGAGUGGGAAAGGACUGUGCACCAUCGUCUCCAGCAGCCUGCUUUUUGUCUGUGCCGUGAGCGCCGUUGUCGUCGGAUUCAAAUGCAUCUCUCUGGGCUCCAAAGUCAAAGUGCAUUUCCACCUUGGGACCGCAGCUGGGGCUUUUUACUCGGGAAUACUUGUCGGACUCGGUCAAGUGCUGCUGGGGUUAGCACUGGUUUGUUGCAAAGGGAAGCCGGGGUGUCGGAAUUUCUUUCUCUUAGGGAUCUUGGUAUUCCUACUGGGAGUUCUCACCGCCUUCUCGGGCGCCGUGGUGGACGGAGACACAGUGUCGCUGGUGGAUCGGAAAUAUUCUCACUAUUGUUUGGGCUCUGUGGAUGUAAAGCCCAUAUGCGAGCAACUAAAGGAUUAUCAGAGGGGUCUAGUCAUAUCCACUAUUCUCAACACGUUGGAAUGUCUCCUGGGGCUUAUGAACUUGGUUAUAAUAAAGAGGUAUAAAACAGCGCAGUUCUACAGGAGGCGUCAUGCGCAGAGGCAGCGAGCUGGGGCUAUUCUUUUCAACGAGGAGCGAGACUUUACCGUGGCUGAAUUCCAACCGGUGUCUUACAUCAACCUAGGUGUAUUUCACGUGUUUGAUGAGGCUGGCGUGGAAGUACAGUGUGGGGGGCACCCAUCGAUUGAACUCCCCGGCUACUCGCCCACGGAUCCCGAGCUGAACCAUUCUUACCCCUUCUCGUACCCACUUCCAAACGAGUUACCGCCUGCUUACGAGGACAUAUUCCCUGGAGAAGCAAGUAAUAAAUAG